AUUUUCCGAUGGUCUUGGAAGGCAUCAUUAGUGACGCCCUCUGUUGACGCCACUGCAGAAGGGCUCUUUGUAAAAAAAAAAAAAAAAAAAAGUUUGAUACAUGAAAACAUUUUUUCUUUCAAAAAGCUUGCCGGGCGCAGUUUCAAAAUGGGGAAGCUGGUCUUUAUCUCCCUUUUCGUAGCGGCUUUAUCGGCCUUGUUUGGAGAGAGAAUAAUGAACAUAAGGAAAAGGGCCCUUGCUUCCAGAGAGCUUGUCCAGAAUCACCUCCCCAACUGUGUCCUUCUCAAAAAUCUUGAUUAUGGGUCAGAGGAUAUAACCAUUCUUCCAAAUGGGAUUGCACUCAUCAGCGCUGGUUUGAAGUAUCCUGGAAUGCCCUCGUUCUCUGACGGUGCAGGGAAGAUCUUCUCCCUUGAUCUGCAGGACACUAGACUGAAACCAAUGGAGCUGCGCAUGCCAAGAAACUUCGAUCUGAACUCAUUCAAUCCCCAUGGCAUCAGUGUGUUCAUCGAUCCAAGCGAUGACACAAUAUACCUGUUUGUUGUCAGCCACCCUCGACAUGAAGGCCAAUUUCAUAGUCAAAUGGAGAUCUUUAAAUUUGUUGAGGAGGAUCAUUCCUUGGUGUAUUUGAAAACCGUAAAGCAUGAACUUCUCCACAGUGUGAAUGAUAUUGUUGCAGUGGGAGUUGACAGCUUCUAUGCGACCAAUGAUCACUACUUCAGCCACGAAAUCCUGAGACUAAUUGAGACUUUUCUAAGUCUGCCAUGGGGAAAUGUUGUAUACUAUAGUCCUGGGGAAGUAAAAGUGGUGUCUGACAGAUAUUACUUUGCCAAUGGCAUCAAUUUAUCACCAGACAAAAGGCACUUAUAUGUGGUAGAUUUAUUCGAUCAUAAUGUGCAUGUUUUGGAGAGACAAGCGGACAAUACAUUGGUCUCUGUGAAGUCUGUGGCUGUUGGUUCACUCUGUGACAACGUUGAAGUUGAACCUGAAACUGGUGACCUGUGGUUAGGUUGUCACCCGAAUGGAUGGAAAGCUCUGGUGUAUAACCCUGAGGAUCCUCCUGGAUCAGAGGUCAUCCAGAUCCAGAAUAUUCACUCAGAGCAGCCAGUGGUGACCCAGGUUUACGCUGACAAUGGCAGUGUGAUCAUCGGUUCAUCUGUUGCAGCUCCCUUUGGAGGAAAGUUGCUGAUUGGCACAGUCUUUCAUAAAGCUCUGUGUUGUGAUUUGAAGUAACCUCUCUCACGUAUGAUUCCCAGCAAGUUAAGAGAAAAAAGGAGAUCACUUCACCAAGGAAAUCAUGAUGCACUUGCUUCCUGGCACUUCUUGUCUAAGCACUGAUUGUGACCAAAAAGUGGUUAUUGAUUUGAGCACAUAAUGUAUAUUAUAACAUUUGGGAGAUAGACUGCAUGUCCCAGCUUGACUGGUAGGGAUAUCUGGGCUACUCUGCCAUCCGCCCUCUUGCAACCACAGGCCUAGCCUGGGUAAGUGAAAAAGCAGCUACAAGAUAAUUUACGCUGGUUCAUAGUAGGCCAUAGGCCUUGGUAAUGCAGUGUACUUGCAAAUGGUUCUAAAUAUCAGUGCUUGUUCAAAUUUGUUUCUCAAAUACUUGUAAAGCCUAGAAAUGUGACUUGCAAGAUAUUGUCAAUCAAGGGGUUUUCAUAUUUUUCAGAUGUGCACAUUAGUUGCACAUUAGUGCACAUUAGUUGCUUGUAUGCUUUGUGCUGUGGGGUGAAGAAUUUUCACUGGUCAUUUUGCAGUGUGUUGGAAUGUGUAACAAAUGCUGAUUGAGAAUAUAUAUUUUCAUAAGUGUUGCCGGUAAUAAAAACAAGUUCUCACAAUUUACUUGACUUGAAAUUAAGCAAUAAAAUGUCAUGCAGCUUGGGGUAACCCUUUAGAUCAAC